UGAUAAUAUAUCUGCUAUGUUUUUUUCAGAUGGCUGGUUUAAAAACAUCAUGUAUUUUACUGCUGCUUGUUGCUGUGGUUGCAACAAAACCAGCAGAUGAUGACAAAAAAACGAGAGUAAAGCACAAUGAGCUGAGUGAUGAGGAGCAUUUCUUGAAUGAAGAACACAAUCCAGACUAUGACCAUGAAGCCUUCCUUGGUGAAGACGAGGCUGAUAUAUAUGAUCAGUUACCUCCAGAGGAGAGUAAACGCAGGCUCAGUUUAUUAGUGGACAAGAUUGACAGCGACAACGAUGGUCAAGUGACGCAGCUGGAGCUGAAGCAGUGGAUCGAGUACACACAGAAGCGCUACAUCACCGACGACGCGCGACGCCAGUGGAGCGCUCACAACCCCAAGGGAAAACCCAACCUCAACUGGGACGAGUACAAGGCUCUGGUUUAUGGCUUCAUGGAUGGAUUGUCAGAAGACGAACUGAAGACGGACGACGAAGGCGAGUCGUACCUGCAGAUGUUGUCACGUGACGAACGCCGCUGGAAGCUCGCGGACACAAAUGGUGACGGCGAGCUCAGCUUUGAAGAGUUCACGGACUUCCUGCAUCCAGAAGAGUCGCAGCAUAUGAAGGACAUUGUUAUUGUUGAGACCAUGGAGGACAUUGACAAGGAUAAAGAUGGCAUGAUCUCCAUGGAGGAGUACAUUGGCGACAUGUACAAAGGGGCGGAGGACGAGACAGAGCCUGGCUGGGUGAACAACGAGCGGGAGCAGUUCGCUCAGUACCGUGACAAGAACAAGGACGGAGCCAUGGAUAAAGAUGAGGUCAGGGACUGGAUCAUUCCCCCCGACUACGACCACGCGAACGCAGAAUCUAAGCACCUCAUAGGCGAGGCCGACAGCGAUGCGGACGGGCAGCUCACCAAGCAGGAAAUAUUGGACAAAUACGACGUCUUCGUCGGCUCUCAAGUUACAGACUUCGGCGAGGCUCUCAACAGACACGAUGAAUUCUAACAUCCCAUCUUACUUCACACAUACAAACCCCUGUUUUUAUCACAAAUGCAGAUAUCAGAGUAAUUGUUUGUUAGCUACUCUUCCUCAUCUCAUUCCCGAGCGCUCUUUACUUAAGUCGGGUGUCAACUUUUGAAUUUUGUUUUCUUCAGGCACGCGAAUGCACUUGGACUCUAUUUUCCUAUAUGUACCUAAUGUACUAUAUUUUAUUUCGAUUAGGAUCGUACAACCGAAAAUAUUUUGCAAGUCUUGCUUGGGUUUCGCAUAUUGUGACUGUCCCAUCAAAUAACUUGAACGCACAUAAUCCACUGUCAACGUUCCAAUAACGAGCCUCGAAAGAUUUAGAAGCUCUCAGGAAAUUAAAUAUUUUUCAAGAAUAGCAUCAUGGAAAUAAUAUUUUGUAGGCAACAUUAUUCUCGUAGUUCAACAUGCUAUAGUGAUAGCCUUUGUAAAUGCGCCCUGCCAGGUAUAUACAUUUAUGCAAUUUAGACCUCAUAUUGCCGAGUAUGCUAUUGUUCUUACAUACUCAACAUCGAGCGCUUUAUUUCUCAUUGGUUCUGUGGAUAUUCUCAAUGCUCAAUCCGGGAAGCAACCUUCACAUUUCUGUAUCUGCUAGAAGUCACACAGACUAGUUAAUUUACCUAGAAUUAAGAUCAUUGCAAUAGAUCAUUGAAUCUCUAUGUCAGAGUAAGUAGGCUAUAAGAUAACCUUCCAAUCGAAAUGCUGUUGAGUACUCACUAGUGUAUGUAUAAGCUUUAUCAAUAACACAAAGUUAUUCCAGAUACAAUCAAGUGCACAUUAAAUAUCAAAAUCUGUUGCUCCUUUAUGAAUAUUUAUGAUAAUUUUCUUAACCUAAAUGCUGAAUUACAAGUAGAACUUUUUUUCACGCCUACCUCAACGUUUUGAGGGAGAGUGAUCGGGCAUUACUGUAGAGUGCUUAUUUUGGCAGCUUCUAAAAUAAUAAAACGACGGGAGGAAUUACUGUAAUCUUUGAUAGUAUAUUUGCUUGUAGAAAAUUUAUUACGGAUACAUGAAAAUCAAGAUCUUGACAGUUGACAUUAACCAUAGUAUUAAGGGGCCUGAAAUUCUAUUCUUUUAUGAUUGUAGUGAUAAGUCGCCUUGUUGCAAGUGACGUUCAUCUUCCUUAAUUAAAUCUGUGAAAAGUAACCUUUGCCAAUA